UUCUUCUCUGACACUGAUGUUCAGGACGACGGGAAAAUGUUUGUGUGAGAAACGCUUACUAUGGAUUAUGAAAAUGGUGAAUAUUUUAGCAGGAAACAGGAUUCUCCGGUGUCUUCACCUCCUAUUGUGCUGUUUACUGUGUGAAGCUGGAGACGAGACGGUCACACUGCAGGAAGUGGAAGGAACCACUAUAACUCUCCAUACUGGGAUAACUGGAAUUCAGAGUGAUGCUAAGAUUCAGUGGAUUUAUGGACCUGAGAAAGCAGAGGAAACAAUAUUGUUCAGUCAGGUGUUUAAAGGAGAAACUGUUACAGAAAUCAGUGAGAGAUUUAAAGAGAGACUGCAGCUGGACAGAAUCAGUGGAGCUUUAACCAUCAGGAACAUCAGCAGAAACGAUUCUGGAGUUUAUUUAUUUCAAGUUCUUACUGGACGUUUCUCAUCUAGGACUUUCAGUGUCAGUGUUUAUGCUCCAGUAUCAGCUCCAGUAAUAAGAAAUCAAAGAGGACACCGAAGUGUGAUUUCCACAGAGCCGUGUUUCCUCCUGUGCUCUGUGGAGAAUGGAGAAGAUGUGAAUUUAUCCUGGUACAGAGAGAAUGAGAGAAUCUCCACCACCAGUAACACAGAUCUCAGUGUUCCCCUCAAUCUCUCACUUCAACUACACCAUGACAAGAACACUAACACUUACAUCUGUGUGUCUGCAAACCCUGUCAGCUAUAAAACAUCUUCUCUCAGCAUCACACAGCUCUGUUAUCACACCUCAGGUAAAACUAAAGAUUCCCAUUCGCUGCUUCCUGCCCUGAUAUCUGCUGGACUUUUCAUAUUAUUGAUAAUAUUAUUAACUCUGGGGUUUUGGCUGAAAAGGAAAAAGCACCAAGAAAAAUCUGAGGAACUGACUUACGCUGAUGUGAAUAUUAAAGCUCACACUGCAGAGAGAGAUAAAGAGGAAGAAAACUCCACAGUAACGGAUGGUGAAGUGGAGAGAGACUCUGUGGUGUAUUCACAUGUGAUGAGAUCCAAAUAAUUCAACACAUCUCUAUAUCCUUCUCGCUAUUUAAAUUGUUUUUUUUAGCAUAAAUCAUAAACAUUUUUUGUUAUAUAAACCAUUUUCAGUGUGUAGAUUCUGUACAAUAACAUUAAAGUGUGAGUUCAGUUAAGUUUCGAUGUUUCAGUCAAUAUUUCAGUGGAGAGCUUGAUGUGAUUACAGGAAGUAGAUUUCAGAGUGGGUUAACUGAGUCCUGUCUGAACGAGCGUUUCUGUUUGUUAAACCUGGUUUUGUUUCGUCUCAGACGUAUUUACAAACUCAUUAAUCUCUUUGAACUGAGCGGUGCUGAGAAAUCCUCUAACAGUUAGGGCGUGUCUUCAGGGAUCAGUGUCUAAUAGUUCAACAUUUACAUGCUCUGACUAGCAGAAUUAAAGUGAGCAAAGAACCAAGUGUUAAAAAGUUCAAGCUAAAAAACGAGUUUCAGCGAAUCAUCAGUUUCAGUUUUCCAGCUGUUUCUCAGUGUUUACGCUUCUCACAUUACAGCUGUAUUGUUCAGAUCAGAUCCAGGAUACAGAGCUCUGUGUUAGAGGUGUGUGUGGGACUGGUUUCUCAACCCGACUCCCACCUGCUCCUGAUUCUGACUAAACCCCGCCCAGUUACACUGUUUUGUGACUAAACCCCACCCACUUACGCAGUUAUUACGUUCUAUUAUUAUUGUUCCACUGUUCUGCCCUGGUUCUGUUUCCAAAAUAGACAUAAAUCAGUCAUUUAAUCCACAGGAUCCCUGACCAGGAUAAGGCGUGUAGUGCAGAUGAAUGAAUAAAUGCAGUAAAUGCUAUAUUUAGAGUUAAAGCACAGAAAUAGAAGAGAAAUAACAGACACACUGCAGAGUAAAGCAGAAAAACCCUGAAAACACAACAUCAGCCUGUUAAAGCUCCUGACUGAGAGAGAGACAGAUCUAGAAGAUAAAGAUGUUAGUGUUGUGGUUUAUUUGCUCUUCAGAUUAACACGUUUACUGUAGUUCCUGAAAAACCUGAUAGUCUGAUCUUCUUCCUGGAACACAGUUUGUUCUGGUUUAGUGUGUGUAGCUCUAACAAACAGCUUCAUAACAGUAAAGGACAGACAAUGUGGGAUAAGAGAGAUGUGUGCAGUGUGUUUUUUGCUUUUUUAAUAAAAAUGUAAACGUGUAAAUUCCCCUUUUAUUAUUUUUGCUUUAUGGCCAUUAAAAGGCUGAACUUCU